UUGGCUGCUCAGACCCUGGGGAAAUUUGACUAAGUUCUAUCCAGUUGUGGAGUAAUCGCCGCCAUGCGAGGUUUGUUUCUGGGCCUCAUGCUCUUGCUCUUUGCCAUAGUGACUUCGUGGGCCCUCAACUGCCAGCCGUGUAAAUUGCUGGAGGCCCGCAAGACUCAUGCCAACGAAACCCACACGCCGCCGAAGUGAGAAAAUAAUCAG